AUGGGCCACAUCGGCGUUGUCACUACCGUGGCUGUGUGCCCCACCAACUCCGAGUUGCUGGCCACCGGCGGAGAGGACCACACCGUGCGGCUGUGGGAUCUUCGGGACAUCGAGCCAAGCUCCCAGCUGGCGCGUAUGAGCAGGGAGAAGGUCAUGGGAGUCAAUCUCGCACAUUUUACUCUGAAGGGCCAUGAAAGUGGCGUCUCACGGGUGCGGUUCACUGGGGAUGGGCAGCUCCUGGCCAGCGUUUCCAAGGACUGCUCGGCAAGGAUAUGGAUCCCGUCUCUUUUCAACCCGCUUCUGGUGGCAAAGUUCGUCGCGCACGAGGCCUGGAUCCGGGACGUGGCCUGGGCUUCAGAUCAGAAAUCAUUGUUCACUGCAGCUGCCGACGGCAUGGUCUUUGCAUGGGAGGUGCCUUCCAAGUACCAUGCUCAGGCUCAAAGAGGUGGCCUUCGUGGUCCCCGGAAGUACAAAGCAGUUUGA